AUGUCCUCACGUGGCUCUGGAGUGCCCUUGGGGCGCGAUUCCCAGCCCAGCUGCAGCACCCCAGUGCCUGUACCAAGGAAUUCCCUCCUGGCACAGCCUCUCCCUGCCCCGUGGAGCUGCUCCCUCGCCCUGCUCGGCCAGGAGGACAUCGUGGAGAGCUACACCGGGAGCUCCUGCGAGCUGGGGGUGGCCCUGCUGGAGCACGCCUGCCCGGGCCCCGACCCGCAGCUGGUGCGCAGGAUCGUGGCCCAGGUGGAGUUCUACCUGUCCGACGAGAACCUGGCCAAGGACGCCUUCCUCCUCAAGCACGUGCAGAAGAACAAGAUGGGCUUUGUCAGCAUCAAACUGCUGACGUCCUUCAAGAAGGUGAAAUACCUGACCCGGGACUGGCGCCUCACCCUCUACGCCCUCAAGUUCUCGGCGCUGCUGGAGGUGAACAAGGAGGGCACCAAAGUGAGGCGGCGCCUCCCCAUCCCCGAGUACCUGCUGAGCGUCCCCCCCAGCAAACUGCUGCUGGCCUGGGAGCUGCAGCCGCGGGAGCAGGACCUGCCCCUGCAGAAGAACUUCCUGGACACCAUCACGAGGAUGUUCAGCCCCUUCGGCGCCAUCGCCUCCAUCCGCCUGCUGCGGCCGGGCCGCAAGCUGCCCUCGGACGUGCGCAAGUACUCGUCGCGGUUCCCCGAGCUGCUGAGCCGCUGCUGUGCCCUGGUGGAGUACGAGAGCCUGGAGAGCGCCCGCAGCGCCGCCGAGAGCCUCGGGCACCGCGACUGGCACAGCAUCAGGGUGGUGCGGCUCUGCGGGAAGGGGGGCAAGAAGAAAGCCGGGCAGGAGCGGGCGGGUUGGAAGGUGCCAGCGGCGGCUCUGACCUUCCCCUGCAGCCGGGAGGAUUCCCUGCCCAGCAGCGCUCCCGAGCCGGAUGAUGCCUCAGGGUCGCUGUCCCUCCUCCUGAACCAGGACCUGCUGGCACCGACCUGGCCUGGCGGCGACUUCACGCCGGGAGAUUCCAACGCCUUUCCCGGCUCGCUCCUCCCCAGCAAGGGCUUCCCUCCGCUCGGGGUGGGCUCGGGCACCGAGAGCUGCUCGGGGAGCGCGGCGGGCUCCUGGACACCCUGGGGCAGCGGCCUCUGUCCCAAGCUUCCCCCCAGCGAUGCCCAGUGGGCGUCCGAGCCCCUCAGCCUGUGGGACGGGGUCCUGCGCCUGCCCCACAGCCCCGAGGGCACCAAGGGCCUCGGCAGCAGCUUCGGGAGAGAAGAGCUCGUCCUCCGGCACUGAGACUUGUUCAGAUUCAGGGUUAGGGUUUGUAAUUGUCUUUAUUUUCCCUUCUUCUUUCGAGCGGAAGACUUUUCUCUGGUCCUGCGAGCUGUGGGCAGUGGCAGUGCAGCUGAUCCAGGGGACAGAAGUUUUGGGGCAAGGACGAUGCUCGAGGCAGACGCUGAGCAGCAGCAGGAGCUGUGCUGUGCUCAUGCCAGUGAGACUGUGCUUGCUCAGGGCCCAGAGCUGGGUUUGGGGUCCAGGUUUUGGAUGAGAA